AAAAAAAACCUCAGCCAUGGACGAGCCAGCACAAAAUGGCUCCUCACACACACUCACACUGACCACAGCCCGAGCACGGUGACUGUAAGGGAACCGACGGCGACGCGCGGAGACUGGAUUAUCCAUUAGCACCCCACACGAGUGGCACAGUGCUGCUUUGAUUCUGUUGCACCGCAGCCAGACAGGAUGAUGGAGAAACUGAAACGUGAGCGCGCCAGCCCGGGCGCUGAGGACGAGCAGAAGGAGGAGUGCGGCUCACCGGGACGCGACACUGCUGGGGAGGAGGGCGAGGCGCACAGGAAACAGGAAGGCACGACCACCACCACGACGAGCACGACGUCCGAGUCUGCUGAGAGCGCGCGGAGAGGAGCCCACCUCCUCCUCCUUAACGGCGUUGCCAAGGAAACGGCGCACGGCGGCAGCGAGCCAAAACAGGAAGUGGCAGUGAUCGAGCUGGCCACGAGAGGCGAUAUAAAAGGCGCUGAGCUAGAGGCGGACGGCAGACACACGGUGCAGACCACCGAGUUGCGCAGACCACCAGUUCCUCUGCCGCUGCCCCCGAGGGAGCCACCAAACGAAGCCAAGCGAAUGGUGCAGCUGAGCCCGGCCGCCUUCCCUGCUCUGCCCGCCCGCGCCAUGCUCUACAGCAACAUGGCGCAACCGCUCGCCACUCUCAACAGUGGCUUCGCUGGGGACGCGGAGCAGUACGGCAUGUACCCCAGUAACCGCCUGAAACGCAGAGCUGCGCCCUACGAGAUCGAGAUCAACGAUGGUUCUCAGCCAAAGAUCGUGCGGCGCAUCUUCACAAACAGCCGUGAGCGCUGGAGGCAGCAGAAUGUGAAUGGCGCCUUCGCUGAGCUGCGCAAGCUCAUCCCCACUCAUCCUCCUGACAAGAAGCUGAGCAAGAAUGAGAUCCUGCGUCUGGCUAUGAAGUACAUUAACUUCCUGGCCAAACUGUUAAACGACCAGGACGACGUGAUGGGUGGGGAGGCUGCGGCUCGGGUGCGGGACGGACGGGACGGGGGUCUUGUUAGGGAAGACCUCCUGCAGGACAUGCUGAGUCCAAACUCCAGUUGUGGGAGCCUGCUGGACGGAGAAGGAAGCCCGGACAGCUUCACCGAGGAGCAGGACUCAUCGGUGGAGUCCAGAGCGUCUGGGCGAGGACUGCACCACUCGGCCAUGACUGUGGACACCAGUAAUCAGCGAUGACUGAGUGCUAACAGAGAAAGAGACUUGAGCAAACCAGUGCAGUGGAUACAGAGCUUCAUAGAAGCUGAUGGACCUGUGAUGAUGUUCACGUUAUGUGCAGUCAUGACUGUCUUUUCCCUCUUUUCUUUAUGUCUUGUGCUCCUCUCCAUUUUGGACGCUGCCCCCUAUGGGUAAACGCUGGUACGGGGGAAUCGUAAUGGUAGAUUUUGGUCCAUGAGAUAAGAGAGCAUGGAUUUGAAACGCAGGCCAAAUUUUCAGAACGGUACCCUUUCUAGAAUUCAGCUCCAUCAUUUGGUCAGGUACACUUGAUAUCACUAUUGAGUGAUUUUUAAAAUGCUGUGUGUGGAAAAUCCCAUUGAAUAUCCCAGGGAUUUUUUUUCUUAGUCAUCCAUCAGUGUGGGAAAUGUUACAGUACUAUACUACAAUAGACAGUACUAUUACUGGUGGUGGAGGUUGACAAGACACUUUUUUUGUACAGAACAUGGUUAUAUUAUAUUCAUGUUAAUAACUGUACCCACAAUAGCAGCUAAAUUAAUGCAGAGCAAAAGCUGCCAUUUUGUAAAUGGCAUAUAAGUAUGACCUUAUUUGAUAAAACCUACAUGUUCAUUCACACACACACACACACACACACACACAAGUAAGAAGGUUGUGAUGGUCAGAGGUACAAGUGUGAUGCUCCAAGUGUACAUAAAUAAACAAAAUAAUGUUGUACAUCUAUGUGUAUCUAAAGCCGAACCCCACACAUCCGUACUGUUCAUCUUCAUUGUGAUUAUGGUACAAUGAAUAUCGCCUCCUUUUCUUUUCUUCUGUCCUUCAUAUCCCUACCUAAAUCAUUCUUAAAGAAUCCAGUAAGUGUGUUAUCACUGUAUUUAAAUUUUAUCCAAUUGAUCUGCUUUUUCAGCAGACUAUUGAGUAACCAGUCUUGGUACCUUUAAUUCUUUUUUUGUGUAUUAAAAAACAACAAAGCUGUUAUUUUAAUGUGAUAUUUAGUAGACAGACCUUUGUUGUAAGGUGAAGAUGAAAUCUAUCUAUAAACAUGCAAUGUUAUAUCUUACAGAAUUUUAUAGAACAUGAAAUAAAAAUGAACAAACAGGUGUGAAGUGUAAUACUAAUUUUU